GCACACACACACACACACCUCUUCAAUGGCAGAUGUAGUGGUACGGGAAUGAGUUUGCCAUUUCCUGUCUCCCUCCUUUCAAUGGCUGGGAAGGAGUUUGUGAAAAGACACUUGAUGCCUUCUCUGCCAUCUCCUCUGUGAAAGGAAAAGAGCCGUCAUGCAGCCAGCUCAGGGUGGGGUGUCCUUUGAAGAAGUGUCUGUGUAUUUCACACAAGAGGAGUGGACUCUGCUGUACCCAGCCCAAAGAGUUCUGUACAAGGAAGUUAUGCUGGAAAAUUUUGGAAAUGUGGCUUCUUUGGGAUUUGUGAUUGGCAAACCUAAGCUCAUAACUUGGCUGGAAGAAGAGGAAGAGUUGUUUCUUCAAGGCUCUGAUGAGGUGGAGGGAUUGGCAGGACGUUGUCCAGAACUUCUGAUCACCAAACCUGAGCUUCCAUCCUGGUUGAAAAAUGAGGAAGAACUCUUUGUCGAUGGGGCUGAUGAAGUGGAGGGAUUGGCAGCAGGAGGUAUGCGGCAGUCAGUGACUGAAAAGAAAGAGCAUCCAGGGAUAAAGGAAGAAUAUACAUAUCCAGAUGUGAAAGAGAGCUUUGAAUAUGCACUGAGGAAGGAAGAGAAAAAACAUCUAGAUAAUGGGGGCAGUAAUUCUGGUCUUUUAAAGAAUGGUGACUCUCAUAAAAAUUCAUUGAUUCCAGAAGACACCAGGAAUGAGAACCCAGUCUGUGAGGAAAUUUUUCCUGAAAAAUCAGACAUUAAUGAGCACUGGAACUCCUAUAACAUAAACAAAAUAUAUACAUGCCUGGAGUGUGGAAAAAGCUUUGGGCAAGAGGCUAAGUUAACUUUCCAUCGAAGAAUUCACACAGGGGAGAAAAAAUAUAAAUGCUUGGAGUGUGGAAAAUGUUUCAAUCAGAGUGGAAAUCUUACUACCCAUCGAAGAAUUCAUACAGGGGAGAAAAAAUAUAAAUGUCUGGAGUGUGGCAAAAGUUUCAGUCGUAGUUCAUAUCUUAAUUCCCACCAAAUUAUUCACACAGGAGAGAAACCAUAUAAAUGCCUGGUCUGUGGAAAAAGAUUUAGUCAGAGUGGAAGUCUUACUUCCCAUCAAAGAAUUCACACAGGGGAGAAACCAUACAAAUGCCUGGAGUGUGGAAAAAGUUUCAGUCAGAGUUCGCACCUUACUUCCCAUGAAAAAGUUCAUACAAAGGAGAAACCAUACGAAUGCCUGGAGUGUGGAAAACGCUUUGUUCAAAGUGGAAGCCUUACUUCCCAUCAAAGGACUCACACAGGGGAGAGAAAAUACAAGUGCCUGGAGUGUGGAAAAAGCUUCAGUUACAGCGGGCACCUUACCGCCCAUAAAAGAAUUCACACAGGGGAAAAACCCUAUAAAUGCCUGGAGUGUGGGAAGAGCUUCAAUCAGAGUUCACACCUUACUUCCCAUAAAAAGAUUCACACAGGAGAGAAAGAAUAUAAAUGUCUAGAGUGUGGGAAAAUCUUUGGACGGAAGGAUAAGUUAAUUUGCCAUCAAAGAAUUCACACAGGGGAGAAGCCGUAUACAUGCCUGGAGUGUGGGAAAAGCUUCAAUCAGAGUGGAAAUCUUACUUCCCAUCAAAGAACUCAUAUUCACACAGGGGACAAGAAACAUAAAUGCUUGGAUUGUGGGAAAAGCUUCAGUCAGAGUGGAAGUCUUACUUAUCAUCAAAGAAUUCACACAGGGGAAAAACCAUAUAAAUGCCUGGAGUGUGGAAAAAGUUUCCGUCAGAUUGGAAUCCUUACAUCCCAUCAAAGAAUUCACACAGGGGAAAAACCAUAUAAAUGCCUGGACUGUGGAAAAAUUUUCCGUCAGAUUGGAAACCUUACAUCCCAUCAAAGAAUUCACACAGGGGAGAAACCGUAUAAAUGCCUGGAGUGUGGAAAAACCUUCACUCAGAGUGGAAACCUUACUUCCCAUCAAAAAACUCACACGGGGGAGAAAAAAUAUCAAUGCCUGGAAUGUGGAAAAACCUUCAGUCACAGUUCAAACCUAAAUUUACAUCAAAGAAUUCACACAGGGGAGAAACCAUAUACAUGCCUGGAGUGUGGGAAAAAAUUCAGUUGCGGUGGAAGACUUACAUACCAUCAAAGAAUUCACACAGGGGAGAAGAAAUAUACAUGUUUGGAAUGUGGAAAAAGCUUCAGCAGGAAUGGAAACCUUAGUUGCCAUCAAAGAAUUCACACAGGGGAGAAACCAUAUGAAUGCCUGGAGUGUGGAAAAACUUUUAGUCACUGUGGAAAUCUUACAGUCCAUCGAAGAAUUCACACAGGGGAGAAACCAUAUGAAUGUCUGGAGUGUGGGAAAAGGUUCAGUCAGAGAGGAAAAUUUACUUCCCAUCAAAGAAUUCACGUAGAAAUGCCUGGAGUGAGAAAAGACAUUGCAUCAAAGCAAAUUGGGUUAGAAGUAAUGUAAAAAAACAAACAAAGCAAAAACAGUAUAAUAAUAUCAAUAUGUAAUGCACUAAAACUGCCUAAAAUUGUGAGAGACAAUGACAAUCCUGUUCCCUUUAUGAAAAUGCCAUCUUAAACCAUUGAUUUUAUUCAUUCUGUGGCAUGGUAAAUUUGUGGAAGCCUUCCUGAACAUAUCAGGCUGCCCAUUACUCCAAGUGGGAGCCACAAGAGCUGUUGGUCUCACCCCAUUGGUGUUGUUCACCAGAAGAUACUGAGGGAGCCAGUGUAUAUGUGGCACACGCGCACACACACACGCACACACCCCACAUCCCAUGGGAUAUACAAGUGGAAUACGUCUCCUUCAUUUGCCUGUCUUCUUUUGGGUUGCUGGAGUAGAAUCUUCAACUAGACCUGAGAAAUAUAGUUAAUUAGAAGGAAUGGCUUUUUACUAAAUGCGUCACAGGGGUGUGCAUUUUUAGGUAGCCAUUUGCUAUUGAAUCUUUUCAAUCUCCUUACAAUGUGUUUGGUCUUUUUUUCUGCCCACUGCAUUUACUCUGCACCUUAUGAGCUACAUUUUUAUUCAUUGUGUGUGCUACUAUUUCUGUAAUAAAUGCAAUUCUGCAA